AAUUCAGCUGCCUGUAGUAUUUAAGACUUCUCCAAAAAGUGGGGCAUCAAGAAAACAGAGCAGUUGAUGUGUUGAAUUUUAUUAUUAGCGGCUAAAUUCGCAAUCACCGAACGAAAAUCAGUCAACAUUGUUUGUGAUUCAGAUCGGAAUUGGCGCCCCUUUUUCGUGUCUAUUCUCCUUUCAUCGCAUUCUACACACGCGCACCAAUUUUUUAUCUAGAAAAGAAAAGAAUUGAAAGGGAAAGAUUUGUUUUCUUAAUCGCUGUCAAAUGUCAUUGCGUAGGCGAACGUUGCUCAAAGUCAUCGUCCUCGGCGAUAGCGGGGUGGGUAAGACGUCGUUGAUGAACCAAUAUGUGCAUAAGAAAUUUAGUCAGCAGUACAAAGCUACUAUUGGGGCAGAUUUCGUGACCAAGGAACUUCAGAUAGAUGAUCGCCUCGUCACUCUUCAAAUUUGGGACACUGCUGGCCAAGAGAGAUUUCAAAGUCUGGGAGUUGCGUUUUAUAGAGGGGCAGAUUGCUGUGUUUUGGUCUAUGAUGUGAAUGUAAUGAGGUCCUUUGAUACCCUUGACAACUGGCAUGAAGAAUUCCUCAAGCAGGCUAACCCACCCGACCCAAAGACAUUUCCGUUUAUAUUACUAGGAAACAAGAUUGAUAUAGAUGGUGGUAAUAGCAGAGUGGUGUCUGAGAAGAAAGCAAAGGAAUGGUGUGCGUCAAAAGGGAACAUACCUUACUUUGAGACAUCGGCAAAAGAGGAUUACAAUGUUGAUCCUGCAUUCUUAAGCAUUGCGAAGGCUGCUUUAGCCAACGAGCAUGAUCAGGACAUAUACUUCCAGGGCAUGCCAGAGGCUGUUUCGGAAACAGAGCAACAAGGUGGUUGUGCAUGCUGAUCUGGACUUGGCACUUGUUGUCAAACUCAUGGUUAACUUUCUUCUUAGUGAUUCUUUUUCAUUUAGGCCUUUUUAUUUAUACCCAUUCUUCUGUAUGCACUGUACACUAUAUUCUCAUUACUGAGACGGGCUUGCUUCCCGUUCCGUUUGGAGUCAUUGACCAUGACCAUUUAACUGGGAGACUAGUCUGGUUGUAAUCUUCUGUUUUGACAGGUGAUCCUUUGAGUUUUGAGAUGCUUAUGUUUUCUUCAUAAUGCUACAAAACACAAUUCGAAGCUGAAUUUUAUGAGACGUUUCAGCUAAAGCUUGAUGACUCUGUAUUUUUCACUUGCAUUCAUCUUCUGAUCUUUGUUCUCGAUAUGUAAAUCUGGGUUCGGUGUGUAUAUAUUAUGAAGGAUGACUUGAGGUA